AUGAACUCUGAAUCCCCAUCUACGAAUUCGCCGCAAACAAGGAUCGCAGUUCCUUUAUCCCGCAGUCUUUGCCCCGUCGCAUCCUGGGUGCAGCAAAUCGCGGAGAAGCACCUUUACGCGGCGCUCUCGACUACCCGCAAGGGAGACGCGGAACUUUUCGAAGGAUGGAUCGCUGAGAUGGCACGGGAUGACAAGCCGAUGGCGCGGGCUCAUCAUGUCCGACGACUAUGGGCACACGGUCACUGCGAUCACCCGGAGCGCGGUGAUGGUGUAUCCAGCGAUCUAGAUCUCGCCAUACUCGACAGAUUGCUUCGACUGUUCCCCAACCUGCAGUCGAUCGGCUGGACCGGGCAGCGGCCAGUAGACGAUGCCUCCACCAACGUGGAGGGACGCCGCACCCAGCUGAACUUGGGGAGCGUGCGCCAGUCGCUCCUAUCUCUGCCCGAACCGACGCCACCGCGUGCGCCCGGAGACCUUCAUCUUGCAACGGCCUACUUUUGGCAGCAUGAAGAUUUCGAGAGGGUGGACCUGCCAGAAACAGGAAAGCCCGUUGUGCACCCACUAUCGUGGGAGAGUUCGACUCAGUGCAAGAUCGCACAACGCCACCUGUACGCUGUCGUGGCGACAGACUCCAAGGCAGGCGCCGACAUGAUCAGACGCUGGAUCCAAGAGAUUGUGCAGGACGGACAGGGAUCCGCCAUCGCCAGAUCGCGAGCUAGCCACGUCCGUCAACUAUGGAUCGAGGCGAGUUCACCGAGCGAGUCUCGCGAGGUGUAUCACCUGCGCGACCUCAAGCUGAACCAGGAUUUCCUCGCGAAACUCCUCCUUCUCUUUCCCAACUUGGAGUCACUCUGCUGGACGCGCGUCUCGCGCGAUCGCACUUGGCGUCUUAAAGAGGUUCACAUCCGCAAGGCGCUCGCGAUCCUGUCAUCGCGCUUCCCCGAUGCAUCUGCGCAAACCGACUCCGGCCGCUCAGGACCCUCUUCAAUCAAAGCACUUGGGCUCACGGUGAACGUUCCUCUGAACCUCAACUUCUACGAGUCCGAUGGCACGACCACCGACACCGUCACGCACUUGCGGAUUCAUAGCUACACCGGCAUCAAGCCCGGCGAGGAGUUCCUCCAGUACCGAAACCUUACACAUCUAUCCAUCGGCACCGAUCACCCGAACGUGGUGGUCUGCGUACUGCUGAGCGACACGCAGCGCGAGUUCAAGCACUUGAAGAUGUUCGUGAUCGAGCUGAACCACGAAUUCUUGCGCGUCUAUGGAGAAAUGUGUCUUGGGGGAGUGGGGAAGCAACGUGCCCGUGGGUACCCGACGUUUGCGGUGAUGCGGACGGCAUCGCUCCGUGACGAUUGGGAACGAGAAGUGUUCGGAGGCGAGAGCAUCUGGGAUCGCGCCCGCGCUUUCACGCGCGAGCUGGAACUCCAGGACUGGGCCGUUCCCCGAGUCUUCGAUUGCUGA